AUGGUCGGUUUUUUCGUCCCAGCACGCAAGGCCGUACUCAUAUUACCACAGGAUACAACAGAAAUACCCGUUACAGUGGACAUUCAUCAGAUUCUAGACAAACUGGAUCUCGUGAAAGAAACGCACAGCAACCAACAAAUUCCCGCAGUUAGACGAAAACUACCCCCAAAACUUACAGAAAGCGUCUCCAAACAACUGAACGCUAUAACCCAUCUAAGAAAACUACUUCAUCAAACCGUACGAGACGGCAAUGACAAUCCUUUUCAAGGGGAUUGUUUAUCAGAUUACGCCGAAUUCUGGGAAGAGAUGAAAGCACCACAACACAUACUAAAUACAAUAAAGGGGUACAAACUACCCUUCGUCAAACGCCCACCAUUAACAAGUUUCAAAAAGGGGCAUCUAACAAAAUUUUCUACAGUGGGCAUGGAGGCAGAAGUAGAAACGAUGAUAAAACAGAGCAUCCCAGAGAAAUCGAGUUCGUCGACGGGUUUCGUAUCCAAAAUGUUCCCUCGGCAGAAACCAGAUGGGAAGAUCCGACCGAUUCUCAAUUUAAAACGUUUGAACCAGUACCUGCAAAUUUCGAAAUUCCGCCUAAUCAGCCACCUGAGGGUACCGGAUUUCUUGCAAGAAGAGGAUUUUAUGCAGGCAGUGGAACUUCCAACUAGCAUGGAUAUUUCCUCCUCCAUGCUUGAUCCCACGAGUGCUGCGACAUCUCAAUCACGCUUCAGGAACGUACAUUGUCAUAGCGCCGAGAUUGGAAAAAGUUUUCUGGAGAACAGAUGUAAAAGCGCGAGCGUUAGCCCCUCCCCUUCAUAUACGGAAUCUGCACCAUCAUCUAAUAGACUUGUCGACGAAUCAACCACUCUCCCAAAGCCGCUCACUAAGAUUGGAAGCUUGGAAAAUACGGGGUGGGCAAGGGGCCUAACUCAUUGGAAAGGAAAAGACGCCCAACUGCUUACUAGCUCCUGGAAAAAGUCAUCGUUGAAAACACAUUCAGCACCAUGGAGGGAAUGGCUAGCAUGGUGUUCUAGAAACAAUAUUCCACAAGACCCCUCUCCAGACCAGGUAGCACAAUACCUGGGAUUUUUACACAGGCAAAAGAAACUCGCCCCCUCAACAAUAAAGCUAUAUAAAUCCAACCCUAUGAGGUCAGAAAGACUCGCUGGAAAUCCCAUAGUAAGGCACAUGCUUAAAGCGAUCGAUCUGUCAAGGCCUCCCGCCACUAACAGGAAACAGACGUGGGACGUCAACAAACUUCUAUCAUGGAUCCAUGGCCUGACUCUACUCAAAGUAGACGAAUACUCCAUGGAGUUAAAUGAUGCCACCGUUAUUCUCUGGCCAGAAUUCGGCUCAAAGACAGACAAGAGCCUGUAUCGCCAAUCAGGAUGGUUCCUGAAACGGUGCUCCAAGAUACAACAUGAUCCGGUAUUCUGGAUACAUCAGAUGGUCGCAGUUACAUCUACUCGCCGUAAAGUCAAAGACGGGCUUAUCAACUUAUUCAUAACGACCAGAGGUCAAGUGAAACCGGCAUCCCGCACUGUGUUAGCGGGAUGGAUUAAAACAGCAUUUAGCGAGGCGGGAAUCUCAUUUCCACCAGGCAGCAUCAGGUCAGCAGUGGCAUCGGCAAGAUUUGAAAACAACGUCCCACUGGACAUCAUUCUGGAGAAGGACAACUGGCAAGGAAGCCAAAACUUCUACAAGUAUUACUAUAAGGAAAUUCAAAAACCUUCACUACGAGAAACACAGACUGAUUUAAUACAAAGUUCCUUCUCAGUUGCGGAAUAG